AUGAACAGCCUUCCCAGCAGUGACAACCUCUCCACAGGGAUAUGCGCCUUGAGCAAGAUGCCCCAUCCCUCUCCAGAAGAGAAGAGGAAACGCAAGAAGAAGCAACUGGUACAGAGCCUUGAUUCCUACUUUAUGGCCAGGAAAUACCCAGGAUACUAUGAAAUCACCAACAUCUUUAGCCAUGCACAAAUGGUAGUCUGUAUGUUGACUCUUCCAACUGUCCUCUGCCAGACCACAGGAGGAAAAGUUACAGAAGGAUGCUCCUUCAGACAGAAACAGCACUAA